UCCAUUCACGGAGCCUCCCGAGACCUUCCAGAAUUAUCAUUUAUAUGCUUAGGGUCAAAAGUUACUUGAUAAUGAAGUCAGUGUGUAUUCUUUUUUAAUGGUGGUGUUGAAUAGAAGAAAUGUUUUCUAAGCCUAAAAUAAUCCUUAAACACCUGUUGGUGGUUAAAAAUCUUCACACAUCUAUGAACAUUAUAAAAUCUAAAGUGGAUGUGCAAUCUAGCCAGUUUAUGGAAAACCGCGGACGUAUGGUUGAGCUUGUGGAAACUUUGAGAAGGAAAACAGAGACUAUUUCAGCAGGAGGUAGUGAGAAAGCACUGAAAAAACACACGUCUAAGGGAAAACUAUUCGUUAGAGAUAGGAUAAAUUUGCUUCUCGACAAAAACAGUGCCUUUCUGGAGCUGUCAACUCUUGCUGCUAAUGAUAUGUAUGAUGGCCAAAUACACGGGGCAGGAAUCGUAACAGGAAUUGGAAAAAUACAUGGAAGAGAAUGCAUGGUUGUUGCAAACGACGCUACAGUUAAAGGCGGCACCUACUUCCCCAUGACGGUCAAGAAACAUCUGAGGGCUCAGGAAAUCGCACAGCAAAACAAACUACCCUGUAUUUAUCUGGUGGACAGCGGGGGAGCCAACUUGCCCCACCAGUCAGAGGUGUUCCCCGACAGAGAUCACUUCGGGAGGAUAUUUUUCAAUCAAGCAAAUAUGUCUUCUGAAGGAAUUGCGCAGAUAGCGGUUGUUAUGGGGUCAUGUACAGCAGGGGGAGCUUACGUCCCGGCGAUGGCUGAUGAGUCUGUGAUUGUUAGACAACAAGGGACUAUUUUCUUGGCAGGACCACCAUUGGUGAAAGCAGCUACUGGAGAAGAGGUCUCUGCUGAGGAUCUCGGCGGGGCGGACCUCCACUGCACCACUUCAGGAGUGACAGAUCACUAUGCCGUAAACGACGAACAUGCCCUCCACCUGGCCAGACAAAUUGUCAAAAACCUCAACAGGACAUCCUCAACAUCUUUCGACGAACCUUUCGAACCUCCCCUCUACAACCCUGACGACCUGUACGGGAUCGUAGAUCACGACCUCCACAAGCCUUUUGACGUAAGAGAAAUCAUUGCGAGGGUCUUCGAUGGGUCUAAGUUUGACGAGUUCAAAAAGAAAUAUGGCGAGACUCUAGUAUGCGGUUUCACGAAGCUGUAUGGGAAGACAGUGGGAGUUAUAGGCAACAACGGCGUGCUGUUCUCUGAGAGUGCUAUGAAGGGGGCGCAUUUUGUGCAGCUGUGCACGCAGAGGAAGGUUCCUUUGGUGUUCCUGCAAAACAUUACAGGAUUCAUGGUGGGAAGACAAGCUGAGACGGGAGGCAUAGCAAAACACGGAGCAAAACUCGUAACAGCUGUCGCUUGUUCCAACGUUCCAAAAAUAACUGUGAUAAUAGGAGGUUCUUAUGGUGCAGGAAAUUAUGGAAUGUGUGGAAGAGCCUACUCCCCUAGAUUCCUCUACAUGUGGCCCAACGCAAAGAUUUCUGUCAUGGGAGGUCCCCAAGCUGCUGGAGUCUUAUCCCAAGUGGCGAGCCAAGGAAAGUCGUGGAGCGAGCAACAGAAGAAGGAGUUCGAGAAACCCAUCAUUGAAAUGUUCGACAAAGAAGGGUCUCCUUACUUCAGCAGUGCGAGGAUCUGGGAUGACGGAGUUAUUGAUCCUAAGGACACAAGAAAAGUGUUGGGAUUGAGCCUGGCAGCAGCUUUGAACAGGGAAAUAAAGAACACGUCAUUUGGAGUAUUCCGAAUGUGAUUUUUGAUGAAUAUUCUAGAUGAAUUAAAUUUCUUUACAGUUUGCA